AAACUUAAAAAUCUAUGCUAUCAACUGAAAGUAUUGCAAUUAGGAUUCGUUCACUUAGUAGAGUCAAAGAAAACCUUCAAGAUUCUUAGAUUUCCAAAUAAAGAUCAGCCACUCCUAAUGGAAAAAGAAGACUAAGUUAAUAUAAGUUACUAUUGCAAUAACAAGUCAAUAGUUUUUUACAAGAUUCAUUCUUUAAUUGA